AUGCGGCAGAAAUACAGCUUCUGUGCUAUCUUCAUAGCUUUUGUCUUUUUUAAAGCCGAUGCAUAUGAUCCUUUGGAUCCAUUUGGGAACAUUACAAUGAAAUGGGAUGUCAUAUCUUGGACGGCGGAUGGAUAUGUGGCACUUGUGACAAUGAACAACUUUCAAAUGUAUCGACACAUCCCGAGCCCUGGGUGGACCUUAGGAUGGCAAUGGCAAAAGAAAGAAGUGAUAUGGUCAAUAGUAGGGGCACAAGCAACAGAACAAGGGGAUUGUUCAAAGUUUAAAGGAAAUGUGCCACAUUGUUGUAAGAAAAACCCCAUAGUUGUAGAUUUGCUUCCUGGAGUACCUUAUAAUCAACAGAUUGCCAAUUGCUGCAAGGCUGGGGUAAUGUCGUCAUAUGGACAAGACCCUGAAGGGGCAGUUUCAUCCUUUCAAGUGAGCGUUGGACUUUCUGGAACUUCAAAUAAGACCGUAAAACUCCCCAAGAAUUUCGUCCUGCUUGGUCCCGGCCCGGGCUAUUCUUGUGGCCCUGCUACAAUUGUGCCUUCCACCAUGUAUCUUACUCCAGAUCAUCGAAGAAAAACUCAAGCAUUGAUGACAUGGAACGUGACAUGCACUUACUCACAAUUCCUAGCAUCCAAGAAUCCAAGCUGUUGUGUUUCCUUCUCGUCUUUCUACAACAAUACAAUCACUCCUUGCCCAUCUUGUUCUUGUGGUUGCCAGGGCAAGAAAGAUUGCAUAAAGAGCGAUUCAUACAAACUAAAAACAGUGGGAAUAAACACUCCAAGAAAGGAUAAUGCACCACUUCUCCAAUGCACUCAUCAUAUGUGUCCCAUACGAGUCCAUUGGCACGUGAAGAUCAAUUACAAGGACUAUUGGCGCGUAAAAAUUGCCAUAACUAAUUUCAAUUACAAAAUGAAUUAUACACAGUGGACGCUCGUGGCUCAGCAUCCCAGUCUCAACAAUGUCACUCAAGUUUUCAGCUUCGAUUACAAGCCUUUAGUCCCCUAUCAGUCCAUCAAUGAUACUGCCAUGUUCUAUGGCAUGAAGUUUUACAAUGACUUGUUGAUGGAAGCUGGACCUUCUGGAAAUGUUCAAACUGAGGUGCUCCUAAGGAAAGACAAGGAGAUAUUUACACUGAAACAGGGAUGGGCAUUUCCUCGAAAAAUUUAUUUCAAUGGGGAUGAGUGCAAACUUCCUCCACCCGAUGCUUACCCUUCUCUACCUAACUCAGCCUACGGAUGCCUAAUGCCAUUUUCAAGCAUUGCAGGGAAGAGCCACUUCUAG